CAUGGCAGUUUUAAACAAUUGCUAUUUAUUUGACGUCAGCUUUUCUCUCUUGUUUCAUUCACUUUGUUUUUUUUAUCGUUAUUGGACUUAAUUUGUCUUUUUUUUUGUCUGUGUGUGAUCAUCAAACGGCCAAAAGCAAAACUAUUGAAUCAUAUAAUCUUUCAAUUUUUUUUCUUGAGAAAGUGUUAAUUAUCGAAUAUAUUUAUUUUUCUUCAUUAUUAAAUUCACCGAUAAAAAUCAUUGAAAAUGUGUGACGAUGAUGUUGCCGCUUUAGUUAUUGAUAAUGGAUCCGGUAUGUGUAAAGCCGGAUUUGCCGGUGAUGAUGCUCCACGAGCAGUAUUUCCGUCCAUUGUUGGACGACCACGUCAUCAGGGCGUCAUGGUUGGUAUGGGCCAAAAAGAUUCGUAUGUAGGUGAUGAAGCUCAAUCAAAACGUGGUAUUUUGACCUUGAAAUACCCCAUUGAACACGGUAUUGUCACUAACUGGGAUGACAUGGAAAAAAUCUGGCAUCAUACAUUCUACAAUGAACUUCGUGUUGCUCCAGAAGAACACCCUGUUCUCUUGACCGAAGCCCCAUUGAACCCGAAAGCUAACCGUGAAAAGAUGACCCAAAUCAUGUUUGAAACAUUCAACACACCGGCCAUGUAUGUUGCCAUUCAAGCUGUGCUAUCGUUGUACGCUUCUGGUCGUACCACCGGAAUCGUUCUUGAUUCAGGUGAUGGUGUAUCGCACACUGUUCCAAUCUACGAAGGUUACGCUCUCCCACAUGCUAUUCUUCGUCUUGACCUUGCCGGUCGUGAUCUCACCGAUUACCUUAUGAAGAUUUUGACCGAACGUGGUUAUUCAUUCACCACCACAGCUGAAAGAGAAAUUGUUCGUGACAUCAAAGAAAAGCUUUGCUAUGUAGCUUUGGAGUUUGAACAGGAAAUGGCUACUGCUGCUAGCUCUUCAUCAUUGGAAAAAUCCUACGAAUUGCCUGACGGUCAAGUCAUCACAAUCGGUAACGAGCGAUUCCGUUGCCCAGAGGCUCUGUUUCAACCAUCAUUCCUCGGAAUGGAAGCCAAUGGCAUCCACGAGACUACCUACAAUUCGAUCAUGAAAUGCGAUGUCGACAUUCGUAAAGAUUUGUAUGCCAAUACAGUUUUAUCUGGUGGUACAACCAUGUAUCCAGGUAUUGCUGAUCGUAUGCAAAGAGAGAUCACUGCAUUGGCACCAUCAACAAUGAAAAUCAAAAUCAUUGCUCCACCAGAGCGAAAAUAUUCCGUCUGGAUUGGUGGUUCAAUUUUGGCUUCAUUAUCAACCUUCCAACAGAUGUGGAUUUCGAAACAAGAAUACGAUGAAUCAGGACCAUCAAUUGUUCAUCGUAAAUGCUUUUAAAAUUGACAGAAGAAGAUAGCUUGGUGAAAAAAAAAAAAAAAAAAAAAUCCAAAACAUUUCCGAAAUGGCAAAAAUCACAUUUCCAAACUAUAUUCCGAAUAACAGUAAUGACAAUUUUUUUCUACAUUCAUUCAAAAUACAUUUUUCUAAUUGAUUGCUAUUUUUUCUAAAAAAAAAUGAAACACUUGAUUAGUUUUAAACAAAAUCCAUUCCAUGAUUGCAUUUACCAUAUUCAAGAAAAAUAACAUGUGAGGCAUUUUUUUUUGUAGUAUGAUUAAUACCGAUGAUUUCCAAUUAACCUUUUCCGUUAUCAAAAUUCAAUCAAAAUAAUUUUGUGUUCUUUUCCUUAAAAUAUGUCAAUUUCAUUGUCAUGUGGCUAGAUGAAAUUCUAAAAAAAAACUGGACCAGAUUUUAAAAAAAAAUCGAAUCGAAUAAAGUAUUAAUUUUCAGCAAUAAACAUUCCAAACAAACAAA